AUGUACGAAACGACGCUCUCGCCGAAAGACCGCGAGCGAUACAACGAGAAAAUCCAACUGUGUGGAGUGGACCCAUUCAAGAUGCAGGCAGCCGACUGCAUAGCGGACGUGAAUUUGUGGCCGCGCGUCGAUGCCUCAGACAUUUGCGAAUUUCUGGUCUUGCGGACGAGUUUUGUUACGCGGCAGCAGCUCAAAGCAAGGAAGGCCCUUGACGGCCACAACUUCGUGACAAGCGGCUGGGUGCGCGAGCCUCGAGUGAAGCAAGUUGCUGCCGAUAGCGUGAUCGUGAUGACACAGGUGACCCAUUCGCAGGCUCUCAACAAGCCUCCUGUCGAAGUGUGGUUCCUGGGGAAGGAUGACGGAGAAAUCCUUGCCGCGCACUGCACGUGCAUGGCCGGAAACGGCGAGGCGUGCUCGCACAUCGCAGCGCUCCUCUUUUACGUGGACUACGGCGUGCGAGCGCGUGAAGAGCGCUCGUGGACGGACGGCCCGAACAGCUGGCUCCCUCCUUCCAUGAGGAAACUUGACGUGCGUCCCGUUGCCGAAAUGGACUUAUCGUCAUCGGCGAUGAAAAAGCGGCGCAUCGAUGCCCCCACAAGCACAACUUGCGCACCGCAGGCUUCUCCGCGACUGGUGCAUGAGGUGCCCCAUCGUCAUCAGCAGAUCCACGACCCAGACCUUUAA